AUGGAGGGUCGGGGGAGGGAAACAGCACAGUCAGCUGGCAGCCGAGUGAAAGGGUCUUCCCGCAAGUCGGAGAAGGGAGAGCUUAAGGCGUCAGCAACGCAUGCACCUACCUCCGAACGGGGAGGCAGAGCGGCAGGACGGAGGCCGAGGAAAACCCUAGAGGACGACAGAGACAGUGCACAGUCUUUCUAUAGCCUAGUAGCCUUCCAUUCUGUCGGGGUUAAGCAAGACUUUUCCGAAGUGUAUCCAGUUGAUUCAGGUGCGCUGUUAUUCCUGGCCAAGUUGCAUGCUGCAGAAGACGGGAGCGAGAGCGAAGGCGGGGAGACAGAGAAGGAAGUGGAAGCCACCUUCGAACUCUUUGACCCGCAAGAUGAAGAUGCAGAACCGUUGUUGCUGCUGAUGCGACACUCCAGGAUCUAUACGCAGCUCGGCUUGCAACCGCAGCAACUGCGAGAGCUAGCGAAAGUCAUUGCUGGGCAGGGAAAUAUCGGCAGCAUAGCGCGAGCAGGAGUGGGCCCGGAGGGCCGGUCGGAGGCACCAGUGGGGUUGAUGACCCUUCUUUCUUGUAGACAAUACCCGAAGGCUACGGAGCCAAUCGUCAGCAAGAUUCUGUCUCUCGCACGGCACGGGUGUGUGGAUGAUGCAUUGUUUGCAGGGCGCAUGCGUCCGAGGAAGCUGCGGCGAAAUUGGGUGAGUAAGUUUUGGCAACCGUGUGCGCAAGGAGACUCUGUAAACGCAGUAUCUCAAGGUCUUCCUGAGGCAUCCUGCGCUCUUGGGCCUGGAUCUGAGUCAACUACUAGCUGCGACGGCGCCAGCAAGGCCACAAAAGGAAAGGCAGACACAAGCGAGACGCGGGGGGAGACGAUGACCGGCCUGUUGAUCGGCUGCAGACUUAGGAACCUGCCCUUGGAAGUGGCUGCCGAAGCGGCGGAAGCGCUCGCGGAAGACGUAAAGUGGUCCCUUGAAACACCAGAGAUGGACGAGGAGGAGAGGCCCUGGUAUCGUUUUACCCAUGUGGUCGGCACUGCACUCAUCUACCGCGAUGCAGAGGCAGAGCAGGUGACUAAGAAGCAGAAGCGUGGCUUGGGCCUGGGUAAGCCAAGACGGGUCUUGCGAGCAGCGGCCAGCACUAAAGAGCGACUAUCUUCUGACGCGCCACCCUUUCAGCCGGCGAAAUUGCCAGCUACGCGCCUUUCGUGUAGAGUGCCAUACCGACUACACGAAGGAGAUGUAGCGGUAGAGCUAGCGUCGUGUGGGUGUCACUCAGGAUUCGUCCCUGCAUUUGCAGAAUUGGAGCAAGAAGUUCUUGCGGAGGGCGCUGAAGUUGCAUUUGCGGCUCCCACCAACCAAACAAUGCGCUUUAGUGCCGUGCCGAGUGAAGGCGGCAGGGACCAGGAGGCAGGUCGAACCCGCGUUUCAGUAAUGAAGUCACUUCAAGAGUUCCUCUUGGUAUAUGCAAUACCGUACGAUCAUUUUGAACUGAACCAGCGUCGUGUCAAGCAGCGACUGGCUGUAAAGGCGAGCAUGGGCCAGCUGUAG